AUGGCUGGUACUAACGGUAUGCAUUCCGUUGCUGCUACGGGUUUUCAAGAUGCAGCCAAAAUUUACGAUCAGGCACGACCAUCCUAUACAAAUGAAGCUAUUCAGUUUAUCAAAUCACUCUGUCCUACGCCUACAACUAUUGUUGAUCUCGGUGCUGGAACUGCAGAACAAAAAGUUUACCAAGCAACAAUAUGUAAAAAAUAUAAAAAAGAAAAAGAAAAAAUUCGUGCAUGUGAUUUUUCACCUGAUCAAUUGUUGACCACAAUUAAUAAUGAAAAUAAAGAAAGUAUAAUACUUAUUUCGUUUGAUCCAAAUAUUGGAUCAAGUGAAGAUACUGAAAAAACAAAACAAACACUACGUUUUAUUAAUGAUUAUGAUCAAAAACCAUCAGAAAUUUUAUCUCGACUUUCUUCUGUUCGUCAAAUACAUUCAAUAUUUAUCUUUUGUGUACGAAAAACUCGAUAUGAAUAUUUAUUAAAUGAUUUCAAAAAAAUGAUUGGAAUUUAUAUUAAUCUUGAUGAUUUAAGUAAAUCAAUAAAAGAACAAAUUGAUCUUGUUGAUAGACAAAUACAAACAUUUUCUUUUUUUGAUCAACAUCAAAAAUCAACUAAACAUUUAUCACACGAAUCAGCAGAAUUUCUUUGGUUUCAAUUAUUUAUUUAUGUUAUUGCUCGUCUUCCACGAAAUCGACAAGCUAAACAACAAAUAAAAUGA